AUGGGAUCACUACCAAAGUUGUCAACUAAUGUCUCCAGUGGUAGCAGUUAUGUCCUCCAUGGCAAGGCUUCAACAACAGAUGGCCACAAAAAGGUUGAAAGUGGAGAAUGCGGUAUUUGCUUGCCAAAGAAAUGUGUUGCUCGUAUCGUUCAACUCACUCAUGAUCUUGGUCACAAUACCAAUGGUCAGACAGUAGAAUGGCUCUUACAACAGGCUGAACCCUUUAUUAUUGCCGCCACAGGCAAAGGUAUCUCCCCUGUUCAUGCACUUUCAACUCAAGCUAUGAAUUUGGAAAAGAAAGGAACUGUUAGUCUUGGAAAGAAGGACUUGUUUAAGAAGAAGCGUGCUAAGUGUGGCCAGCCGCUGCCACCUCCAUAUGACUAUUUGAUGAGGUUAGUUACAAACUAUGAAAUUGACUUUUCUGCCAAUGAUGUUUCAGUUGAUGUGGGCAUAAAAACUCACGAAGAAACUAAGAAUCAAGGUGUGGCGGAGCAGAAGAAAGAUUAG